GGGAAUAAUUUGGUGCGUAAGAUACGUAAUUUAAGAACAUAGUGAGUGACGUGACGUCUACCGAGAGUAGCGAGCAAAUGUUUGUUUCGAUAUGAAGCUUCGUCCAACCGUAAUAAGUACGGAGACUUCAAACGAACAACAUGUGCCGAAUGAUUGCUGCAAUUCUUAUCCUAUGUUACUUGAGCUUUUCGCCAUGUCGAGCCUUGGACAUCGAAGAUUGUGGCUCAAAAGCUGGGAAAUUUUUGUCUUUAAAUUUGGAUUGUGACAUGACCAAAGCUGUAUGUGAUUUAAUACCAGGUACAAAUGCAACAAUUCGUAUCGACUUUACGAUGGAAAAAGAUAUUUCAAAAGUCACCGCCGUCGUGUACGGUAUAGUGAUGGAAAUGCCUAUACCUUUCCCAUUAGCGAAUGCAGAUGCUUGUGUGACUCCCGAUUCUGGAGUUACGUGUCCCUUGAAAAAGGGCGAAACGUAUCAUUAUAAAAAUACAUUACCUGUGCUAAAAUCCUACCCUAAGCUGAGUGUUACUGUAAAAUGGCAACUCAUAGAUGAAAAUAAUGAAGACAUCGUUUGCAUACUAAUUCCGGCACGAAUAAAAUAGGUAGUAUUAAUUCACAACUUACUGUAAUUCUACUUUUAAAGAAGUUUAUAUUUUACAAAAAUUGUAUGAAAUAAAUACAAAACGUAGCAUUAAAACUUUUACUUUACACAUUUUUAAAUUGAAUUACCUUAAUAUA